AUGUCGUCCGCCCUCGCACGUCCACUCCUCCGGCGGCCUCUGCAGCCCCUCCGCAGCAUCGCCGCCCGCCGCUUCGAGAGCACCGCCUCCUCGACCGCACAAAAGACCGCCGAGGGCGCCAAGAAUGCUGCCGGCGAGUACAAGGCCAAGGCUGCCGAGGGCCUGUCGCGCGUCACCUCCGCCGCAGGGCCUGCGAUCGCCGGUGCCGCCAAGGGGGUCUCGAACGCCCUGGGCAAGGUUGGCGGCCGCACGGGAAGAAUAAUUGGCUUUGUUGAGCGCCAGGUACCUUUUGUCGUCUACUACAGCAAGGUCGGUCUCGAGCUCGGUAAGCUCGUGUUCAGAGGCCAGAAGAUGGACCCUCCCUCCGUCGCCACCUUCCAGAGCUACUUCAACCGCGCCCUCAGCGCCAUCAAGAACCCCGGCACUCUCCUCCAGUCGACCGCCUCCAGCGCUGCCGCCACUCCCUCAUCAGCCGCCGCACGUCUCCAGAACAUCUCGCGCGCACAGGUCGUGGGCGGUGGUGUCCUGCUCGCCGAGGUGCUCGGCUUCUUCACCGUCGGCGAGAUCCUUGGUCGCUUCAAGCUGGUUGGAUACCACGGCGAGACGGCGCACCACCACUAG